AUGGACUCCAGGUGGCCUGGCUCAGUGUGGUCCCUCCACCUCCAUCUGCUCCUCAGCUCCUCACUGCCUCCUGGGGAUCACCCAGACUUGAAUCUUGGCGGCCUGUUGAGCGUGCUAGUCCUGCAGAGGCCACAGCGUCUCCUGCACUGUGGAGAGGACUGGGAUGUGCCGUGCAGUUUGUACAUAAUUCCCUUUCUUGUGAAACAGAAGAUUGAAGUGGGCUGCUUCAGAUUCGCCCCCUCAUUCCAUGCUCCCAGCCCUGCUGCCUCGGUUCCUCCCAGUUAUCUCCCCUUCUCAAGUCCCUGGUCCAUGGAUUUUGUUACUGCUUGA